CCAUACUGUAUCAUUAUCAGUUUCUCCCCUAAAGACUACUCAGAAUGCCUUCCAACGAAAACCUCGCCAAUGGCAGCAAAAGCGCUUAUUCUUUCCCUCCUGGCAUCCACGUCCCGUCUCUGACUUGGUUCAAAAACGACACUAAUCAAGAGAUUGACUGGGACGUGCAAGAGAAGCACUUUGAGUUUCUCGUCUCCAAUGGCCUCCAUGGCAUUGUCAUUGCGGGAACCAACGGCGAGGCCGCAACUCUCUCGUCCGCCGAGAAGGCCCAACUCGUACAGAAAGCGCGCAAGACCGCUCAGCGUCUAGGUCGCGGAGAUCUCCCCAUCUCGAUCGGAGGUGUAGCUGGCUGCACAAGAGAUGCUAUUCAGCAAACCAUCGAGGCGAAAGAGGCGGGCGCAACCGCAUAUCUCGCCCUCGUACCGUCUUACUUUCACUUCGCCAUGACCCAAGACGCCAUCGUAGCUUUCUUCCAGGAACUCGCGGACGCAUCUCCAAUCCCUAUCGUCCUCUACAACUUCCCCAACGUCGUAUCUGGUCUGGACCUCAACUCAGAGAUGCUAGAUAUUCUUGGCAAGCACAGGAACAUCGCGGCUGUCAAGCUUACGUGCGGCGGUAUCGCAAAGGUAGCAAGGAUAUCUGCUUCAUUCAAGGAGUCUGAAUUUGUUGCGUUGGCAGGCCAAAGUGAAUGGCUGAUUCCAGCCUUGAGCGUCGGUGGCGUUGGAACCAUUACGGGCCUUGCAAACCUCUACCCAAAGACCUGUGUACAAUUGUACAACCUCUACCAGCAAGGCAAGCAUGACGAAGCCUCUGCUCUGCAGAUUAAGCUCUCGGUCACAGAGUGGGGCUUUGGCAAGGGUGGCAUCAACGGCACCAAGUAUGUCGUCGCGCACAAGAGAGGAUAUCCUGAGUCGAGCGCGGACUGCAGGCGGCCUUACCCCAGAUACAUUGAUGAGGAGAAGAGGAAGUGGAUCGUGAACCAGGUCUCAGGGCUGGAUGAGCUCGAGGUUUCGUUGUAGGCUUCAACCAAAUAGAUAAACAUGGGUUUAUGGCGCUGGAACAUAAAAAACUAGAUUCUGAAAGGAUACCAGGAAUCCUCAACAAGAAAUGGCAUUUAGUCGUCC